AUGAUGAUUCGCGAUGAUGAUGAUUCGGAUGAUUCGGAUGAUUCGGAUGAUGAUUCGGAUGAUGAUGAUGAUGAUGAUGAUGAUGAUGAUGAUGAUGAGGAUGAUGAUGAUGAUGAUGAUGAUGAUGAUGAUGAUGAUGAUGAGGAUGAUGCUGAUGAUUCGGACUCGGAUGAUGAUGAUGAUUCGGAUGAUGAUGAUGAUGAUGAUGAUGAGGUUGAUGAUGAUUCGGAUGAUGAUGAUGAUGAUGAUGAUGAUGAUGAUGAUGAUGAUGAUGAUGAUGAUGAUGAUGAUGAUGAUUCGGAUGAUGAUGAUGAUUCGGAUGAUGAUGAUGAUUCGGAUGAUGAUGAUGAUGAUGGCGAGGAUGAUGAUGAUGAUGAUGAUGAUGAUGAUGAUUCUGAUGAUGAUGAUGAUGAUGAUGAUUGA